GCCGGUAAAGAAUCCAUCUUUCUCUUCACAGGAAGCUUUGAUGUCCUCUGAAUCCUUUGCACACCACUCUGUAUAGGUACUCCUGAAUCCACCCAUACGUUGUCACCAUCUUCCAUUCUAUUUCCUUCGUUCAUCCCAACCCUAAUUCACUCGCACCAAUCCAAUUGGUAGAACAUUCAAAUUGACGCUCUUUGAGAAAGAAGACUGCGGAUGGAGGGUGUACGAUUGUGGAAGUUAGUUUCAUCAGGGCAUUGGCGUCAUUUUACACCUCUGUUUACCUAUUGACAGAUAACUAACGGAUGGAGGGUGUAGAUACUAACAAUUUUCGAAUUAGGGUGCAAAGGCUAAUUAAGGGUAUAAAAGAGGGUGCAAAGGCUAAAUACCCCAUUUUUAAUCUUGUGAUUACAAACUGCAGUCCUCAGUAUUAUACUUGUUUGAAGAAUUCUUUCUGGUAAAGUGAUUUUUAGCUAAAUAAAGUGCUUCGUAAUUUUACUUGUAAAGUGUUCAAUGAAGUACCGAUGGCACUCACUUUUACUAAUGUAUCGACCAGUUUAAUUCAAUUUUUGAGUCCUUGACCAGUCAGCACUCACUUUUAGAAGAGACACUGAAAUGGCGAUGGCUACACGGCAGCGACGGCCGCCGACUCCAACUGAUCUAUCGGAACCGGUGCCGUAUUCGAAGCUAGACAAGCCGGAGAAGUCGAACGCUAAGGAUGCUGAGGAGAGAGGGGUUAGCUGGUUUCUGCCGAUCGUGUGCUUAGGGCUACUGAGGUAUAUGAGCGCUACAACGAACAUAAUACAUGACUGCGAUGAGACUUUCAAUUAUUGGGAGCCUCUUCAUUACCUCCUCUACAAGUCUGGCUUCCAAACAUGGGAAUACAGUUCACAGUUUGCAUUGAGGUCGUAUCUGUAUAUUAUAUUUCACAAUUUAGUGGGUUUACCAGCUUCCUGGUGGUUCGGCGAAGAGAAAAGACUGCUCUUGUUGUUGCCCUUUCCCGGAAGUAUGGAAAACGCCUUGCUUCAUAUACACUUGCCAUGCUAUGUUUAACCAGCGGCUGCUUCUUUGCUAGUACAAGUUUCCUUCCUAGCUCGUUCUCUAUGUAUGCCAUGUCUCUUUCAUCAGCAUUAUUUCUUUUUGAGAAGCCUGCCAUGGUUGUUGCUGUUGCAGCAACUGGAGUUAUUGUAGGCUGGCCUUUUUCGGUGUUAGCGUUUCUUCCAAUCACAGUAUACUCGUUAAUUAGAAGAUUCCGGCAAGUAUUUCUUACUGGGGUUAUCACUUCUAUUGUCGUUGUGGUAUGUUUGCUUUGAAUGUUGUCUUACUUCAUCUCCCCUUUGUUCUAUACUCAUUUCAUACCUCUUUCCUUCCCAUCAUCAUAAAAUGCUUUUGCCCCUAAAAAGUUCAUACUGCUAGAUACUGCAUUUUACAGUAACAUUUUGUGAAAAAAUAUUUCAGGCUUUCUCUAUACUUGUUGACCAUUUUUACUACAAAAAGUGGACAUCUUCUGUUGUGAAUUUAUUGUUGUACAAUGCCUUAGGGGGUGGUCAAAGUCAUCUCUAUGGUACUGAAGGGCCAUUGUUUUACCUGAGGAAUGGCUUUAAUAAUUUCAACAUUGGCUUUGUACUCGCUCUACUAUUCAUUGGCAUAUUUCCCAUUGCUAAAAAGAAGUAUGACCGUGAGUUGUUGGUUAUCAUUUCACCUGUGUAUAUCUGGCUUGCUUUUAUGUCAUUACAGCCACACAAAGAAGAAAGGUUAGCUUAUCUCCAUUCAUAGUUCUUUUAUUAACUACAUACACAUUUUUAUUUUUCUGCCACGUUUACAUUGUUACAUGGGAACCGUCCCCGGCAACGGCGCCAAAAAACUGAUGUGUGUUUUCUCGCACUUAAAAAUGUAGUAGAAUGGUGGUUGAAAGUACGAGUAUCGUCUCCACAGGAACGAACAAAAGAGAAUUAAAGACUAACUAAAUUCAGUGAUUAAAAAGAAAUAAAUAAAAUAAAAUAAAAUGCAAUUGUGCGAGUUUGAUUGAUUGAGUAAAAUAAAACUAAUGCUAAUGAGAGAGUAAAAAGAUUGGUUUUUCCUUAAUUAACGACGAAGGGAACAGAAAUUGAUUCCGGGGUUAACCAGAUUUCUGGCAGAUCAGGCCUAAUUACAUGAAAUUGAUUUAAUUGAGCCUAGCUAAUCAUUACUAAGUUCUUACCGCUCUCGCGCCGUAGAGUACAAUAAUUUAGGGGACCAGGCUGAUCUCUCUUGCGACAAUAUCCUAAAUUAUUGUCAAGACGAGCGAGCUUACGGCUCCUUAAUCGCUACUAAUCUCUUAGCGAACGAUUAAGUGUGUGUGAAUGUGUACUAGAACAAAUUAGAUCUCUCUUAAUUCAUUCUACAUGCAAUUGUAAUUCUAGUUGCAGUCUAGGUUACAAGAGAUAUCAGUUAAAUUAUUCAAACACAAAUUAAACGACAUUCAUGCAAUUAAACUGAAAGGAAUCUAGCAAUACAUCAUGAUUAACCCCUUCAUCAACCCCAAAUCCCUAAUUAAACUACUCACAAUUCAUAAUUGAAGAAUCAACAGAAUUGGGAUGAAUAGAAUAAAUUGUCAUUAAUUAAAAGAAUUGAACUUACAAAGAGUCCCAGGUUGUUGAAGUAAACAACGUAAAAACGCAGAUAAAAUUCGUCCUAGGCCUCUCCACAAAGUUCGUAACCCUCAAAAAGGGGUAUGGAGGCCUUAUUUAUAGAAAACAGGUGAAUUUGAGCUGAAUUAGGACAAAUCGGGGCCAUGCACGACGCCAGGCACGAUCGUGCCUGGAACCGUGCCUGCGGAACAAACGCGUGUCUCGGGUGGAGGCAGAUCGUGCCUGGCCAGGACACGAUCGUGCCUGGCCAGGACACGAUCGUGCCUGGCUGGCAGAAAUGUCCCGUGCCAUCCUCAAUGCAGGCACGAUCGUGCCUGGCCUUUUCUUCAUCAUUUCUCACCGUUUCUUGCUCCAAAUGCUCCCGGAUGCAUACGAGGUCUAUCCAAAUGCUCUAUCUUCAUCAGAAUUUCGUCGCGAAUCUCCCGGUGACCUCCAAAUCUCUCAAAUCUUCUUCGAAUACCUUCAAAUCCUUCUCAAAUGCCUCUCAAGCGCCGAUUGCCGGGCUCUAACUUCUUCAAUUCAACUCCAAAUGCAACAAAACUCGAUACAACGCCUGAUAAUCACAUCUUGAGCUAAAAUUGAGACUUGCAACACUUUAAGGCUAGGAAAACCAUCAAAAUCCGACUCCAAUACGCAUCAAAUGCGUGUUUAGAUAUGGACUUAUCAGAUUCCCCCACACUUAAACUUUUGUUUGUCCUCAAGCAAAUCGAACAACGGGACUUACGAUAAUCAGCACACGGAAUUUAAAACAGUUAAUUUUCCAACCCAAUCAUAUCUCGCA